UGGCGAGCAGAGCGAGCGCCCAGCGAUGGAGCCCAGCAUGGACGUGUCUUCCGAAGUCUUCAUUUUACUGUCGGAAAACAGUACUGAUGAGCCAGGAUCAGGUGAUGACCGGGAUUACCAAGAGGUGUGUUUGGAGAAGAACAAUGCUGAUUUCAACCGGAUUUUCCUGCCAACCAUUUUCUCCAUCAUUUUCUUGAUGGGAAUUGUUGGCAAUGGCUUGGUUAUUAUUGUCAUGGGCUACCAGAAGAAGCUCAGGAGCAUGACUGACAAAUACAGGCUACACCUCUCCGUGGCUGACCUUCUGUUUGUCAUCACUUUGCCCUUCUGGUCUGUGGAUGCUGUCAUCAGCUGGUACUUUGGGAACGCCUUGUGCAAAGUGGUCCAUAUCAUUUACACCGUCAACCUGUAUAGCAGCGUCUUGAUCUUGGCCUUCAUAAGCUUAGACCGGUACCUGGCAAUUGUGCAUGCUACCAACAGCCAGAGACCUAGGAAGUUGUUGGCUGAGAGAAUUAUCUAUGUAGGUGUUUGGCUACCAGCUGUGCUUUUGACUGUGCCCGAUAUGAUCUUUGCAACAACUAGGGAUGGCGUUUGUCAGCGAUUUUACCCUCAUGAUGACUGGCUGAUUUCUUUCAGAUUUCAGCACAUUUUAGUUGGACUUGUCUUGCCUGGUCUUAUAAUACUGACUUGCUACUGUAUUAUCAUCUCUAAACUGUCACAGUCAAAAGGCCAUCAGAAGCGCAAAGCUUUGAAGACCACGGUCAUCCUUAUCCUCGCCUUCUUUGCUUGCUGGUUACCUUACUACAUUGGCAUCAGCAUAGAAACCUUUAUCCUGCUUGGAAUCAUCAAGAAUGGCUGUAACUUCGAGGCAGUGGUGAAUAAAUGGAUCUCUAUCACUGAAGCCCUAGCGUUUUUCCACUGUUGCCUGAAUCCCAUACUUUAUGCUUUUCUGGGUGCCAAAUUCAAGACAUCAGCCCAGAAUGCUUUGACCUCUGUUAGCAGAGGAUCAAGUCUGAAAAUCCUUUCCAAAGGCAAACGGGGACACUCUUCAGUUUCAACAGAGUCUGAAUCUUCCAGUUUCCAUUCCAGCUAACAGAGUUUUUCGCCUAUCUGUAAAGAUCUGGGACUCUUUUUUUAAAAUCCAAUUUGCAGAGUUUUGGAGGAAGAGAAACCCCUCCAAGACCAUGUACAAGUUUAUUCCCAGUUGGAAUUGUAUAUAUUUGCUUGUAGUUUUCUGUUGAAUUUAAUGGAUGUAUUUAUAAAAAUGGACAUGUUGACCAGAGAGAGUGUCUAGGCAGGACCUGUGAAUAAGUGAGUAGGUGAGAAAGUUUUACUGUUUGUCUGUGUUGGAACUGAAACACUUUUAGAGCAUAGCAUAGCUGAUAUGCCUGAGUUGUUUGUUUAUAAAUGAAGUAUUUCCAACAUACCCAUUGAAGGAAGGCUUAAUCUCUAUGGAUGUUCGGGACUCUGUCCCAGAUUGCAUAAGCUGUUUUUGGUUUACACUAGUUGAAUUUCAUUGCAUUCAGUGGAUGCAGCCCACAUCCUGCAAUGGCAGUGGCAAAAACACAUUGGAUUGAACGCAGCUGGCUUUCACCCAGUGGCACUUACAACCAAAGUCUUUUCUAUCAAUUGCCUUUUCAAUAACAAACUGGUUUGUAAACCUCUGCUGUGUGAAUUUGUAAAUAAAA